GUUACGCCACUCGCCACACCGUGUUUAUUACCUGGGACAUUGCAGGGCGCGCAGCGGGUAUACCUUUCAGUGUGACUUUCCUCUCCUCUCGUGGUCCUUAGCAGUGAGCAUGACUCUGUGUCUGGGAUGUCUGUCCGUUCUCGUGGCUCUUGCUUUAUCAGUUUAUGUUCUACAAAAACUCUGCUUCCCAUACUUUUGGAGAGAUCUUCUUUUUCUGCAGAAAGUCGUCAGAUACGGUGCGAAACUGGAAGUAUUCAAGCUGACUUCCAGCGUGCGUACGGUCCUGGACAGGUUCCUCCAGCAGGUACAGCGCAUCCCCGACAAACCGUUUGUAAUCUACGACGGGAACGUCCACACCUACCGGGACAUUGAUCGGCGUAGCAAUAGACUGGCAAACGUGUUCCUGGAGAAAGCCAACUUGAGGAAAGGAGACUGCGUUGCCUUGCUCAUGAACAACGAGCCCGACUUUUUGUGCGUUUGGUUCGGGUUAGCGAAGGUCGGCUGCUCGGUUGCUUUCCUCAACACGAACAUCAAGUCCAAGUCUCUGUUGCACUGCUUUAACUCCUGUGGAGCUAAAACUCUAAUAGUUGGUUCAGACUUAGUGGAAGAGCUGGAUGGCAUCCUAAACAGUCUGCUGCCGGACAACAUCCAGGUGUGGGCAAUGAGGAGCUGGACCAAACACACGGAGGUGCACUCUCUGCUGGAUAAGCUUGAAUCUGCAUCGGACCGAGAGCUUCCAUGCUAUUUGCUAUUUUGUAAAUGUAGCGUCCCAAAUAUAACGUUAUGCGGUUAUUUCCCCACAGGUCUUCCUAAGGCUGCAGUGAUCACGCACCUCCAGAGCCUGAAGGCAGCAGCAGGUUUUUGGGCAUUUGGGGCAACUGAAGAUGAUGUAAUGUAUGUCACCUUGCCACUCUAUCACAGCGCAGCAUCCCUGAUUGGUGUCGGUGGAACUAUAGAGCUAGGAGCAACCUUAGUCUUGAAGAAGAAGUUCUCAGCCUCUCAGUUCUGGAAUGACUGCAGAAAACAUGAUGUUACUAUUUUCCAGUAUAUUGGUGAACUCUGCAGGUACCUCUGCAACCAGACAAAGACAGAGCUUGAUAAAUUUCAUAAGGUGCGGAUGGGAGUGGGAAAUGGGCUGCAUCAGGAUGUGUGGCAGGAGUUCCAAAGUCGCUUUGGGAAAAUCAAAAUGUGUGAAGUAUAUGGCUCCACUGAAGGAAACCUCUGUUUCAUGAACCACAUUGGCAAGAUUGGAUCAGUAGGCCGCUCCAACUUCUUUUACAGGCUCCUGUUUAAGUAUGAUUUGGUGAAGUAUGACAUUGUGAAAGAUGAACCAGUGAAAGAUCAGUAUGGUUUCUGCCGGCGAGUGGACAAGGGUGAGAUGGGGCUUUUACUUUCCAAGGUCAGCGCUAUUAGCCCAUUCUUUGGCUACGCUGGAAGCAAGGAACUGACUGAAAAGAAGCUGAUGAGAAAUGUGUUUGUCAAGGGUGAUGCCUACUUUAACACAGGCGAUCUCAUGGCGGAAGACCAUGAGGGCUUCAUUUUCUUUAGAGACCGAGUCGGAGACACAUUCAGGUGGAAGGGUGAAAAUGUAGCCACGACAGAGGUGACAGAGAUUCUUGGGCUGGUAGAUUUUAUCCAAGAAGUCAACGUGUAUGGAGUGCAAGUACCAGGACACGAGGGCAGAGGAGGAAUGGCAUCAAUCAUUGUAAGACCGGGCUUCAUAUUUGAUGGAAAGAAGCUGUUUGAGCAUGUAGUGAGGGAUCUACCAGGAUACGCUCGUCCACUUUUCAUAAGGCUUCAGGAGGUCAUGGAAACGACAAGUACCUUCAAACAGCAAAAGUUCCAUCUGGUGCAGAGUGGUUUCAACCCCUCAAAAGUCAGUGAUCCUCUCUAUGUGUUGGACUACAAGCAAAAGAGCUACAUUCCUCUGACAGACACAAUCUACCAGAGCAUCAGUGCUGGAGAGCACAAGCUAUAGAACUGACAAGUAUGAGUGUGACUAUACAGUUUUAAAUGCACAAGAGUUUGAAAAUGUUUAAUGAAUAUUUUUAAAGAAAACAUCUGACACAUUAUAUGAACCUGAAUGUGUUACUAUGUCACAGCAAUCCAAUGACUAAGCCUAAUAAAAUACUUAAAAUGGAAAACUAGAAAAGAUCUUCAGAUCUUUUGGAUUUGAUGACACUGUAGAUAUUAGUAGUAAUAAUAAAUGCAAUUUUGGAAGAAUUCAGACAAUAAAUUAUACCUUUUUACAUCA